AUGAGUGCGCCCCCUCCGCCUCCGCCGCAUGGCGAAAUGCCUCGGUCCGGUGGCCUUCCUCCGGGCAAAUACGACAUUUUUGUAAUUCCCGAACACUCAGCCGGCUCUGGGUUUCUCUAUCUGCCGUCUCUGCAACCGAGCAUCAACAGCUUCGUUGCCGGUUUUGCGUCGGCCCUGAUUCUCGUGGUUUUGUGUCAAAGCAUGGCACCUGCUUUUCGCGCCUGGUGGGAUAGCUUUGAGGGCCUUGGCAAUAUGGGCAUCACCUUCCUCAUUGUUGGAGUUGGUUUCGGCGCCUGGGCUCUCGGACGCACUCAAAACGACUCCGGUUCCUCGUCUAGGUCAAGAUCAAAGCCUUCCAGCCCUCCGCCGCACAACUCUGGUCCAAGUGCUGGUCCUCCUCCGGGUGGUUACGCCUCGACGCCGCCACCCAACGGACCACCGCCUCAACCACCACCGCAACCACCACCUCAAUCACCACCGCCUCAACCACCGCCUCAGCCAGGGCCUCCGCCACCUCCUCCUCCUCAUUCUGGUACCGAGCGGCCCCAAUCAUCUUGGCAAAAGCCGCCACCACAAACAGGGAACAAGAGACCAGAGAACCCGAAGCCGUCGGCUAAAGGCUCGUGGGAAAAGGCGCGAGACGAAAUGAGAAAGAAGGAAGAGGAAAGAAAAGCCAAGGAAGCUGAGCAAAAACGUCGUGAGGAACUUGCCAAGCGUCUCGCAGAACUGCGUGCAAAGGAGGCCAAAGAGCGAGUGGAGCGAGAAAAGGAGAAACAGCGGAAAGAAAAAGAGAUUGCCGAUAGGAAAGAAAAGGAAGUCAAAGCAGCGGAAGCAAAGGCUGCAGCGGCCAAGGUUGCCGAAGCAAAGGCUGCUGCCGAGAAAGCAAAGGCGGCAGCACCACCGCCUCCACCAUCACAGGCCCCAACACAGACAACAACGCAAACGACAUCGCCCACGGCCGCCCGUGCCGGAAGUAGUUAUGCAUUUUCUGGUGUUGGAGAGAAAAUGAGCAUGUGGCCGAACGGAAAACCUCCAGCGCCACCGAGCUCAACCACGGCAAAGGCACCGCCCGCCUCGCCCAAGAAGCCACCGCCAGCGCCGACAGCGAGGACCUAUGUCAGUACUGACGAAGACGCAUUCUCCUACCGGCCGUACGACAAGCCCAAGAGACCGCAAAGGAGAAACUCUGGGGGCUCUAUGGCCUCGGAUGGCUCCUGGGCACCGUCUCACACAACAGCUCGAACAUCGCCUCCGCCUUCUAUGCGUGGUCCAUAUACCACAAAAGACCCAGACAAGAUUGUCAUACAGGCUGUGUACCUGUUUAUGAACCAAUAUGCCAAGACGCCUGCGAGCCAGCUCAUCUCAGGCGUAGGCUCCGUCACCGACGGCCUCAUCUUGCGCAUCACCACUGAAGGCCUGUUCAUUGACGAUGACGUUCGCGGAGUACCACAACGCGAAUGGGACGUCAAGGCAUGGACCCUGAAGCUGGUCGAGGUAUGGUGCCCCCCGCACUGUUUGAAUUAUGCGUCGUCUGCUCCGAGUCCCAACCCCAACAACAAGAGUGCGAAUUUGCUUUACAAGAUGGCAACAGGCCGUGCGCGCGCAUCAGAUAGGGAUCCCAACAAGCCAUUCGUCGGCGACGAUGCGGAUGUCUAUCUGACUGACAUGCUCAAGGCGUGCAAGGACUGUUGCCGUCUCGGUCUCUGCGAACAGAAAUUUGGCAAAACUAACAACUCUGCGAAUGGCCAGUCGGGCGAGUGGAAAGCCAGGGGGCUUCAUCUGCUCCGUGCGACAGUUCGCGACCAGGACGGAAAGCGAUAUCUAUUCGUCAUCGACGAAUCCGAGAAUUGGAAAGUUGGCGCAUCACUCCAGCGCCUGCGCCGCGGUGCUCAGGCAAGACAGCUGGGUGUGUGCAGCAUGACGGCUUCGGAAUCAAAGAACGUUUUGGAGACGCUAGGAUGGCUUGACUAG